GCGGGGUGUCCCCGGCCGCCUGGCUGCCCCCCGCCGCCCUCAGCAUGCAGGGCGCGCUCGCCAUCCCCGAGGAGGUCUGCAGCCUCCUGGCAGAUGUUGACACAUUUAUUUCCCAAACGCUAAAAGGAGAAAGUCUAUCCAAGAAAGCAAAAGAAAAAAGGGAAGUUCUUCUUAAGAAGAUAAAAGAUGUUAAGGCAAGUUAUCCUCAAGAAUUCCAGGAUAAAGAAUUGGAAGAUGAGGAAGAGUCUGAGGGCCCUUUUUCUUCGCCUCCUGAUAGUGUCUCAAUAGCAUCUGACCGGUAUGAUAAAGAGGAUGAAGCACCCUCUGAUGGGAAUCUGUUUCCUCCUAUUGCAGCUCAGGAUCUUCAGUUUGUUCUGAAGGCUGGAUACCUGGAAAAACGCAGAAAAGACCACAGUUUUCUUGGCUUUGAAUGGCAGAAGCGUUGGUGUGCUAUCAGUAAGACGGUCUUCUAUUAUUAUGGAAGCGACAAAGACAAACAACAGAAAGGUGAAUUUGCCUUAGAGGGCUACACCAUCAGAAUGAAUAAUAGCCUUCGGAAGGAUGCAAAGAAAGAUUGCUGUUUUGAAAUCUCUGCUCCUGAUAAGCGCAUUUAUCAGUUUACAGCUGCCACUCCCAAAGAAGCAGAGGAAUGGGUACAGCAAGUCAAAUUUGUAAUUCAAGAUAUGGAAUCUAAUACUAUUCCUGAGGAGGAGGAAGAGGAAUAUGAUGAUGUGGGACAAGUGAGCAGUGAACCAAUAGAUGAUAGCAUUUAUGAAGAAGUUAAAGAAGAAUGUGUUCCUUCAAAGGCUGAAGUGCCAAGAAAACUGAGCCAGGAGAAAGUUACCCCUGUUUCAGAUAGCAAAAAUACCGAUUAUGCCAAUUUCUAUCAAGGUUUAUGGGACUGCACAGGAGAUGUACCUGAUGAGUUGACAUUUAAACGUGGUGAUGUUAUCUACAUUCUCAGCAAGGAGAAAUCUGCACUUGAAAUCAAGAGUGGUGUGCAGCUGCAGUUUACAGACCCGGCCUCUGAAAGAAGAAGAUUCUGCCGUACACGUUUUGUGGUUUCAGUGAAUGUAGUCAGAUCGUUGCCUUGUGUAUAUUAAACAUUAAAAACUGUAAUUGAUCAUAAUUCUGCGGAAAUGUUCUUCUUAGCCACUUCUUAUAGAAUUGCAAUGCUAGGAAAUGAAAUAGAUGGUAAUUAACAUAUGGGGCACAAGCAGCCAAAUAGUGCUUGUUGCUCUUUUCUUAAGCAUAUUAGCAGCACUCUGUAUAGCUAUAGGUUUGUCUUUUUUCUGGGUAUUUGGCUAUGUUUUCCUGUUCCUCAGAUUUAGAAAAAUUAAGCUGAACUUCGAAAGUAGGAAACUAUUACUCAGUUCAUGCAUGCAUUAACCUUUUAAUGCUCACUGUACAUUUUCUACAGUUUCCUAGGAAAAUCAAGGGAAAUUUAUAUGUAAUAUUACAAGUCUUCAGGGUAUUCUGCUUCCAAAUGUUUUUGUAUUAUGUUUUAGCCAAUGAUUUAUUUUUCUCAUCUAUUUAGUAUUGUAUUGUUACUUAAUAUUUUGUUACCACAAAGUGAAGGUUUGGUUCUUUUGCUGAUGUAAUAAAUCAGCCUGUGUGGUAAUACUGCCCUGAUACCAUUCUGACUUGGAGAUAUGAAUAAUGUGAAAAUUUGUAAAAAGAUAAUGUUUUAAAACCCACAAUUUUUGCUCAGUCAACAUGAGCUAAAUGGCAGGUAAGAAUGACUUUUGUCCGUGGUAGCGUGGAAUAUUUUAUCUUUCACAGAGUCAAAUCUGGAUACCUUGUUGAUAUGUGGAAUUUCUGAUACAAGUUGUGCAACAGACAUCUUCAGCUCUACGUGGAUUAGUAACAGCUACCUGCAGUCUUGGUGUCAAAUCCAGAACUUUGUGACUAAAAGCAUCAGGUGAAACAUAAAAAAGUACACGAAAAUACUAUCACUUGUGGACAAGGGGUUGGGCAAGUCAGAGUUAAUACUUGCAAUAGUCUUGUUUUGGAGAUGGGCUUUACUAUUAGCAUGCAAGAUCAACUUUUUUGAAUCCUCCCACACACUUGAUUUGUGAGACCCUUAAUCUGCCAAAGAGGCAGGUCAAGCCAGUCUGUGAAUUGCUGAGCCUGUGCAGGUCCCCUUGUAGUUGCUUGUGCUGUUUACGCUUCAGGCGGGCCCUGGGAACGCUGUGGGUUAAAAGGUAACAUUAGUCUGAACUCGGAAUUAGAUCCAUGCAGUAAAGUAAGAUGUUGUGCUUUAUGUUAGCUAAUGUAUGAUACUUGAUGGUACACUGGAUUCUGCUAGGAGUCAGACAGGGUACAGAGUUUUGUUGUGAUUUUUGUAAAAAGAAAUAGUCGUUGAAAUUGAUUCUGUAUGUUAUCAGUGAAGCAUUAAAAUGAUAGAUUAUAGUCUUCA